CGCAUGCGCUGAGCGCUGCUGUCGUCGCUCGUCGGAGGCAGCAGCAUCGGUUGAGCCAGGAGAGUCCAGUGUGCAAGCGACGAGAACGCAAUCAGAUGGUGGCGAAGAUCGUGGAUUGACAGGUCGCGGGUUGCACGAGAGAGUGAGAGAGAGAGAGAGAGAGAGGGAGCGCGCGCGCGAGAGAAAGAGAGAGAGAGAGAAGGAACAGGCGUUUACGUGACGGCGGUUGGCGUUAGGCUCUCUCUCUGGCAGGAGGACGGGGACGGUUUUUUCCGUGUGUACGCGCACGCGAGCCAGGAAAAGAAAAGAGAGAGAGAGAGAAAAAGAGAGAGAAAGAAAGCGACCCGCGAGUGAGAGGAACACGGGCAGUUGACGUGCGCGACGAUCUCGUCAUCGACAACGUUGACGAAAUGAUCCUCUAGCCUCCCUGUGGCUUCCUUGGCCUGGUCCGCGCGAGAAGGAGUACUUGGAGCAGGAGGUGACCCUUUAAAAGAGAAGGUGAACGAUUCUUCUCGUCUCUGGUAGUACUUGAGAUCUUUCUUCCACGGGCAAAGAGCGAGGGGAGAGAGAAAGAGACGCACGAAUCGUUUAUAUACACAUAUACAACGACAGAGAAAGAGAGAGAGAGCGAGAGAGAGAAAGAGAGAGAGGACGCACACGCGACGCUCACAGCGCGCUUCGUGGAGGAGGGAAACGAAGAAAGGAAGAAAAGAAAGACGGACGCAACGCAGCGCAGCGUUCGGACGAACGCAGUUUUCACCUCGCGGCGGAUUGUUCCACAUCGCGUUCACCCGCGUCGAAUCGAAGUCGAUCGUUCGCGAAUCUCAUCUCGCGUUACUCGCCCUUCAUCAGGACGAGCCUCCGAGGAAGGGAUCUGUCGAUCGACUGUGCGCUGAAUAUAAGCUCGGUUUACAUUAACGUUGGAGACAGAAGUGCGCGUCACCGGAGUGCCGAAGUACGGGGCCGUGAGGAGUUGGCCGCUGAAGAAGGAUAAUUGUUCCUUCGCUGAAGAAGGAUAAUUGACGAGGCGUUUGUCCAGAGGGCCCUCCCGGGGCACGACGGAGUGCCUGUCGGGCUCAGCUGAUCCACGCGCAGCGGUAGGAGGCGGCGGAAGGAGAGGUAGUGGUGGAGGACGCUACCAGGAGCGCCGCGGGGCGAGGAAGGGCCCCUGCCGAACUCAGCACCGCCGACGAGCGAGCAGCACCGAUAAAUAUGUCGUCCCCCAGCGCCGGCAAGCGACGCAUGGACACGGACGUUAUCAAACUAAUAGAAAGCAAACACGAGGUGACAAUUCUAGGAGGACUAAAUGAAUUCUCCGUUAAGUUCUACGGUCCACGAGGCACGCCCUACGAGGGUGGAAUAUGGAAGGUGAGGGUUCAUCUGCCGGAGCACUACCCUUUCAAAUCACCUUCGAUCGGUUUCAUGAACAAGGUCUACCAUCCCAACAUUGACGAAGUCUCGGGUACGGUGUGUCUAGACGUUAUAAACCAAGCUUGGACUGCCCUUUACGACUUGUCAAAUAUUUUCGAGUCUUUCCUGCCUCAGUUGUUAACAUAUCCCAAUCCAAUCGAUCCCUUGAACGGCGAUGCUGCCGCGAUGUACCUUCACAAACCCGAAGAAUACAAGAAGAAAGUGGCGGAUUACGUGAGGAAGUACGCGACGGAGGAGGCGCUGAGGGACCAGGAGAACGGCGGUACCGGCAACGGGAUGUCCUCCGACAGCGAGUCGUCGAUGAGCGAUUUCAGCGAGGACGAGGCGCAGGACAUGGAGUUGUAACCAAAUAUAUUACCAUCCGCGCGUACCCAUAUCCUUAAUCAUCUCGAUUCCCUGUAAGAUCCCCGAUCGCUCGUCCUACUACCAAAUAGAUGCUUACACCCGAGACUCCGAGUCUCACUUCUGGUGACGGCGACGAGAUCCCUUUUACUACUCGUCGCUGCUUUCGUCUCUUGUCGCUCGUCGCUCGUACAUAUACCGAGGGGUUGGUGAUCGACCAUCCCCGGCACGACGAGAGUGAAAGUGACGGAGACGAACGAGGUAAAAACGGAGAAUCGCGCUCUUCUCAUCGAGCGCAUCUCGAGGGGCGUUUUCUAUCACGACAGCGAUGUCUCUCACGGUCGUCCAAGCUCUUGCUUGAGUUAAUUAUUCGUUGCGUUUAAUUGUCAUAUAUUCAUAAAUUAUGACGACGACGACGAUGAUUAUGAUUAUAAUGUGCACAUCAACGAACGAGACGUUGGCACAAAUGAAACUCGCAAUCUUUGUAAACGUCUCGAGAGUCGAUGAUCUUAUUUUUCAGUGUGAAGAAGAGAAAAAGGAAGGAUAUGAAACGAAAAGACAGAGAGAGGACCAUCGUUGGUAUUUACGGGUUAUUCAUUGAUCGACGCAAUAUCGAUUUUCGGCCGGUGCUUCUACUGCGUAUAUAUAUAUAUCUAUGAUGCGUUUUUCUAUGAUGAACAGCGAAACAAUAACGUACCUUGCGACGGAUAGAGCUAUAUCUAAUAUAUUUACCCGGUUAUGUUUUUCUCGAUUUCUGAAAUUCUCUCGCCCUUGUUUGUUCUUUCUUCCAAGCGCCCACAGGUGCGUUUGUCGUUGUUAUUCGAAAAUAUGUGAUCGAGAAUGAAGCAGCAGAGAGAUGCACAAAAAUUUUAACGACGAAUCGAUUAAUCUGGCAUAUAGCGAUCGCAUCGUCUCUCUAUCAACUAACGACUCCUUUGCUGCUAUCUUAGACUGUGUUAGCAUCUAUUUAAAAAAUUAUUUUUAUAUUCGAAAUCGCUAUCAAUCGUCAUUCUUCUCAUUUUUAUCUGAAGAGUACGCUAAAUAUUGCCUAGUUAAAAGUGAAAAGCAAACAGAGUUUGUCUCUACAAUCUUUUCUUUUUCUCGAUUGAUUAUAAAAACCGGUGCCUAUGUCACGCGUCAGUUUCAGAUUUCUUUUGUUUAAAACAACAGUGAGACACGCAAAAAUGUGAUGGAGUAUGGGUACUAGCACCGUCUUCCUUUUUCCUGCCAUCACUAUUCCCAAACGUUUCCCCCGUAGGGCUGCGCAUCAGCGACCGAUCGCUACGUCGUCGUCGGCCGCGGGGAAAAGAUCGAAUCUGCUACACAAACGGCCGCACGCGAACGACGUCGAGACGACGGAGCCGCUAGCCAAGACUGCGCGAUUGUGGAAUCACCCCGGGAGAAUGAGUGCAAACGAGACUCUGAAUAUGUUUCAAGCAACCUCGACGUCCUGUCUCGAACUGUGCGCAUCGGGCGGACAAAGUGCGGAUGAGACGCAAGCUACAGGACUGUCAUCACCGUGUGUCCAUCCUUUGGAAGUGAAUGUAGAUUUAGUUGAUCCCGGUGGGUACGGAUCGGACGCGAUUUAAUAAUCACUCGCGGAAAAUUUUAAGUCAAUUUGUACUAUUUUAAUCUCAUUGUUAUUCGACUCAUUAUAGAUUUCAUUAUAUAGAUUAUUGUUAUUAAGAGGAGGACGUAUAUUAAAUUGAAUUGGUUUGUUACAAUGUUUGAGA